AGCAAUUCUCGACCCGAUAGGAAAAAGUACCAAUACUUCAGCAUGUGGUACAACAUUACCAAAGCAUACACGGUAAAUGAUAAAUGCCUUGGAUCCGAAAUUAGAUCUGCACAUAAUUCCCAUAGGAUUAAAAAUCAACAAAAAGAAAAUAAAUGAGAAAAAUCCCUAACGGUCAAAAAGGAAAUUAAAUAAAUAAUUAAUAAAACCCUCCAAAAGCCUUAAAUCCCAACGGUCUUUAGUGUCAGCUCCUUCCACAACAAAGAAACGUUGCAUUUCACCUGUGAAUUCAUUCACUUAAAAAAUCUUCUGAAUUCUUACUUUAUAUCUGAGUUUUGUAGAAACAGUCUUAAACUCUUUUUCUUCUCAUUUUUUUUAGGUGUAACCCAUUAUGGAGAUAGCCAUAAUUGAUUGGAAAACGAUUGAUUCAAGAUUUGUUAAAGAUGAUCUUUUGGAGCAUUUUAACGCACCUCAAUGGGUUGAUUUUCUUGCUCCUGAUGCUCCUGUCGAUGAUGAUGCUUGGUUCUGCAAACCUGAUUGUAAUCAUCCAAAGACAGUGGAAGAUUUCUAUAAAGCAACUACCCCUUCUUCCUCCUCUAAGCUUCAAAGAUCAGCUAGUGUAUCUGAUAUACCUCUUGGGGAAAGAAAUAGGAGAGAUGCAACACUGAAGAAGAGAGGGCAAAUUCAACCAUCAGUAUCAUUGAACAAGGACUUGAAAUAUGAUAAGAUUGUCGAAGAUAGCGAGAAUCAGAAUCCCAAUUUUGCAACCCCUCCUCGGUUCAGGACUAAAUUGAUGAAACAAAUAAUCAAGUCAAGCGCGGAGAAGAAGACAGUUGAUGAUAAUAUUUACUUGCAAAAAGAACAACAGAUACCAAAGUUGAAAAGUACUCUUUCAGCUAGGAAUCUUUUUGCUGGUGGUGAUUUGUUGAAUAAGGUAACUGACUUCUGCAAUGAGCUGAAGAAACUAGUAACCAUCAGAGCUAAAGAGAAAGAGAAUGGUGCAAAUGAGAACUUGGAAACAAGUCCACUAAUGGGAAAUAAACAAAAGGCAAAAGAUUGUAUUGUUGAUGAUGAGCAAAGGGAAAGGAAGCCAUUGCUUGAGAUGACUAAAGAGACUAAUGAAACAGUGUCAAAAAGCAACAUUAACGAGAAACAGAAAAGGAAGCUACUGAGAAAUGAUAAUGCAGAAAACACACCAAUACUUGUGGAUGUGAAGAACAUUAAGCGCAAAGAUGAAGAUAUCUUGUCCCAGAUCCGCACGAAUCCUCCUACUCCUCAGUGUUUCUCAGCCAGCCGAGGAACUACAAAGGCCACUCCAUCUAAAGCAAAGUAUAGACCUCUGGAGGAGACAAGGGGUUUCCUUCAAGAACUGGAACACAGCAGCAGCAAUGAAGAGAAGAGAAAGGAAGAUCAAGGGAAGAUGAUGAGUAAUAAUCAACAAGGACAAAGAGGUGGUGCUAUUGUUGCUGAAAAAGAAGCUGCUGCUAGAGCUUUAGAUGUUUUCUGGUUCUUGAAACCUUGCACUCUUUCCAGCUGAAAAAUCUCUCAACCCACUGCUGCUGAACAUUCUUUCAUUCUUUAUAGUUUCUCAUAUACUCAAUCAUCUAUUGUUUUACCCCAUUUAUUUGGUCUCUGAGGAUAAUAAUAAGUUGUAAGAAACAGUUCAAAGGUCCACCGCAUUAAAUAACGUUAUCUAAUACUCUUAUCCUAUAUUCAGUUUUUAGCAUACUUUAUCAAAGACAAUUCUGAUAAAGUUGUCAACUAUAACAAACACCAGUUACAUAAUAUCACCAAAGGAUUCUUGUGA